AUGCCCUUCGGCUCGCUGCCUUCGUGCGCGGCCGUUUGUGGCCCGUUAUACGACGCUAAUGGCGCGUGUGUUCCCCCUGCCGCACCAACGGCAGCGCCUUCUGUCUACGAAUCUUGCUUCUGCGGCGCCAAAGCCCUUCAGCCCUUCAGCGCCGGCCCGUCGGGCGUUUGCGACGCGGCUUGCAACAACCCGCAGGAUCUGUCGAGCAUUCAGGGCUGGUUCAAGAGCUUUUGCGCUGGCAAGGCUGCUCCCACCGCAACGGGCACCACCGGCGGCGCGGCUUCGACCUCGUCAUCUUCGAGCACACCAGUCAAGAACAAUGGUGGAGGCGGCAGCUGGAUCUCAACCCACUGGCAAUGGGUCGUCUUCAUCGUCGUUGUCAUUGUCGCCAUCAUCGCCAUCUGGGCCGGCGCGUGCGUCUGGCGCCGCAAGUACCUCAAGAAGAAGGACCGUAUGUACGAGCUCGGAAAGGGUCUGCCCAGCAGCGUAGCAGUCAACAACCAGGGCAAUCUCGUUGGUCCCGGAGCUCGCGACAGCUCAUACUCGGGGCAGGGACCGCUCAUGGCCGGCGCGAGCGCGCCAGUCGAGAAGGAGAGGAGGAAGUGGAACCCGACCCAGCGGACUUAA